AUGGUUCCAAACGGUGAAAGGAUAGGCUUACCCCAGGCUGGCGUACCUAUACGUGGGUGUGCGUCUAAAGAGAAAGGCAGCUGUCAAAAGGCGCCGCCGGGAGUCGAAGAGCAAGACUUGGAUACCUCUAAAUCAUCCACUUCGCCGAUCCAGAAGUUGAUAUUUCAUUUCGACUGGAGCAAGUCGGCUCUUGGACCAAGGGAUCAAUGGAGCUCGGAGCUUCGGCACAUGUCCCGCUUCCUCUUAGCUGACACGAGCCCGGCCAUAUUGUUUUGGGGGGAGCCCUCCUGCGUCAUUUAUAAUGAAGCCUAUCUGCCGAUAUUAGGGAGCAAACACCCAGAGUCCAUGGGAAAGAAUGCUUCCGAGGUCUUCUCUGCCAUUUGGGACCAACUCUCCGGGAAAAUCUCUACGCAGCGACGAACCGGCCAAACAUGCACGUGCACGAGAACAAGACUACUAAUAGAAAGGAAAGGCCAUGCUGAAGAGACUUAUUUUGAUUGGAAGCUUAUACCGGUCACUAGCGACGAAGGGGAGGUGAAAGGAUCAUACGGAAUACCCAUAGACAGGACCGAUGAUGUUAUUUGCUCGAGACAAAACGAAUGCAUCCAGCAAUUAUCCCGUCACACCGCAACAGCGAACAACAUGAAGGAACUCUGGCAUACACUACUAACCGGACUCAGCUAUAACAGUAAAGAUAUACCGUUUGCACUGCUAUAUUCGUUAGACGAGCAACAUGGCAUUAGUUUCACCCCAAGUCAGCCCAACUACACGUGUCACUUAGAGGGAAUCAUUGGAAUAGACCCCGAGCGUAUCAUGGAACAGGAAUAUCUUGACCUUUCAUGCGACAUUAACGGGUUUGCACCGACCAUGCUCAAGGCGUUGAAAUGCGACUCGAUGAUUAUAUUAGAAGAGAACGACCCGUCGUUACAUAAACUACUAAACGGUAUCGGAUGGAAAGGAAAUACGUUAGCUGAGCAAUUCGCCAUCGUACCGAUUAAAGAUGAUGUUAGAAUAGCGGCGUUCAUGCUAGUUGGCUUGAACCCUUACCGGAGGUACAGCAGCGAAUUUUGCGAAUUCUUGAGAUUGGUGGCAGACGUUGCGGCGUCGCAGGUAUCGCGGGCCAGGUUAUCGGAAGAAGUUUCACGCCAUAACUACUUAGCUAAACGGGCUCAGCUGGAUCGUAAACGAAGCGAUAUGAGAUUCUCUCGAUUUGCUGAGCGGUCUAUUGUUGGCCUUGCGGUUACCGAUGUGAAAGGCAAGGUUAUAUACGCGAAUGAUGCGUGGUAUAAAUUCUCUGGUCUCAGUCCUGCCGACCAGGAUAAUCUGAGUUGGUUCGACAGCGUAGUUCCAGAAGAUGCCGAUCUACUUCGAGAAUGGCAAGAAAAGGUUCUUGCUGAUAAGACAGGAGGGACGUUCCAAAUUCGCUCCAGAGAACCGUUCCGCCGAGGCCACAUGUAUUCAGACCAUCGAACGGGGAUCUGCGCCUGUUAUUCGGACUUGGACGAGUCUGAUGAGGUUGAAAGCAUAAUGAUCUUCACAAUGGACAUAAGCGAGCUUAAGUGGACCGAGCAGCAACUUAUAUCCCGUUCGAAAGCGCUUGAGGAGUCGGAGAUAAAAUGGCGGAACUACGCAGAGCACUGUCCUCUCGGAAUCUGUCGUACGGAUGGGGAUGGCUACGUCCAAUAUGCCAACGAUGCCUGGUAUUCUUUCUACGGCUUUGGACCCAACAGCCCCCCUCCGAAUAUUUCACAGCCGUGGCUACCCUGGGUCCGAGAAGAUUACUUAAAGCCGUGCAAAGACUUCUUCGAUAGACUCCAGCACCACACCGGGCCAGAAUCUGUUGAGUUCCAGCUAAUCAAUAGGACUUAUACUAUUUCGGGCGGCGACAAUACUGUGACUAAUGGUGCCUACGUCGUCGCUACCGGGUUCUCCCAAUUCAGAGAGGAUGGAACCGUCGAUCAUAUAGAUUUCUGGGUAACAGAUAUCAGUGGCCAGAAGAUGGCUGUCAAGGUUCUGACGGAUAAGAUGGAGGAAGCUAUUCGUUCAAGGACUCAACAGGAGCAGUUCAUGGACAUGAUAAGCCACGAAAUACGGAACCCCCUAUCAGCAGUUCUGCACUGCAGCGAGGAAAUUAUCGAAUCAAUUAAGAGAAUCCCCGCCACACUAGAUGUCCUAUUCGAUGGCAAACUGGCUGCAAGCUCAAACAGCCCCGCGAAAGAGAUCUUGCAGAAUGAAGUUGCCAACGCACUGGACGCCGCCAAUACGAUUGUAUACUGCGUACAGCACCAGAAGCAAAUCGUCGACGACGUGUUGACAGUUUCAAAGCUCGACUCCGACUUGCUCGUGGUAUCUCCUAUUCCCGUACAACCGAUGGCAUUGGUUCGCUCGUCAUUAAGGAUCUUCGAUGCCGAGCUAAAGAUGACAGGUAUCAAGCUGAAGGUUAUCGAGGACGAUUCCUUGUCCGUACUCGGCUUAGGAUGUGUUUUACUGGACCCUACCAGAUUCCUUCAGAUCGUGAUCAACCUUGUCACGAACGCCAUCAAAUUCACAAAGACCUCUAAAAUAAAGGAAAUAGUUGUAACGGUGACCGCCACGGCGUAUCGUCCCCUCGAAAGUGAGUUAGGGGUACAUUACGUGCCCCGGAGAUAUUCACCUAUUAGCCCUGCAUUCAGCGCCUGCUCCCCUGGUAGUUUAGGAGAGCCUGAGCAAGAUGUCUUUCUCUCCUUUUCCGUAAAAGACACGGGCAAGGGUUUGACGGAAGGCGAGAAGGCGCAGGUAUUUAAUCGUUUCGCUCAGGCAUCCCCGAAAACGCAUAUCGAGUACGGGGGAUCGGGUCUAGGCCUCUUUAUCUCUCGCCAGAUUACCGAGAUGCUUGGAGGCGAGAUAGGUAUGGCUAGCAGCCCCGGGUCGGGUUGCAAAUUCGCAUUUUACGUCAAGACCCAGCGUUGCGAGUUUCCUCGCCAUCCUUCGAAUGCUUCAGAGCCUGUUGUUAGACUAAGUCGGUCACUUAGCAUAGCUGCAGACGGGACCCCCCUGCCACUGGAAGAUGAAGAUGAACGGGGAGGUUUCCCCCAAAUAUCAGAGGACCCAAGGGCUCCACCACGCGAACACCCGCCAGUCAAGGUUCUCGUUGUCGAGGACAACUUGGUCAACCAAAAGGUCUUGUGCAAGCAGCUGCGUAACCACGACUUCGUCGUGAAAGCUGCCAACCACGGAAAAGACGCCCUCAACGCCGUGCGGGAUAACAAAACCGAGGUCUCGCACGCAGAGAACCCGUUCGACGUGAUAUUGUGCGAUAUCGAAAUGCCGAUUAUGAACGGGAUCGAGUUCACGAGGGAGAUUCGGAGGCUAGAAGCAAAGGGUGAGCUCGAGGGACAUAUACCGAUACUCGGAGUUACGGCCAACGUGCGUAGCAAACAAGUCAGCGGCGCUAUGGAAGUAGGCAUGGACGGCGUAACGACGAAGCCGUAUCACAUCGAGGAGCUUAUUACGCAUAUUGGAGAUGUAUGCGCUAAGCAUUAA